CGUUCGAUGGCCGAGAGUGGCCGUCGUUCGUGGGCAUCACGCCCUCAGCUGUAUGGUUCGUCCCCCUGUUCCCAAGUUCUUGUGCAUACCUCCAAAUUUCGAGGUUAUGCCGAAUAAUAUUUCAAUUGGCUGAAAACUGACGGGCUCCGCGGCAGAGAUGUCAUCCGCGAUAGAAAAGUCGGAAUGUCCUAUCGUGGCCGAGCUGUCAAAGAACGGGGAGCUAAACCUCGAGGGAGACUUCGCCUCUCGCCUGACACGUAUUAAAAGGAACAAAAAGUCCUGCGAGAAGUUCAUUAACGGCGGAGGUCUUCCACUUUUGAUCGAGUUACUCCACUAUCCGAAUAAGGAGAUCCUAAAUGUAGUGCUUAGUGUACUGGCAGAUGCCUGCGUGUCAGCUGAUACUCGUCAACGAGUACACGGAACAAAAAUAGUGGCUUACACCCUGACCAUACUCAAGAAUGUUAAAUUAGGCGAUAUCUUAUGCUGCCGUGCGUGUAGACUCGUCGGGAACCUAGCUUCGUGCAAAUGGCAUGCCAAGUCUUUGUGCGAAGCAGGUGCGGUAAAGGUCCUUGCCAAUUUGUUGAAACUCAAGUGCACGAGUCAAACCUAUUUAACGGCUAUCCGAGCUUUAAGGAAAAUUUGGUGCAUCCUCGAGAGCAGUCGGGAGGAGAUUUUAGAGACUCGUGCAAUUGCAAUUAUCACCAAUGUGUUCGUAACGUCCAAGGCCGCAGCUGCCGAGGAGUCGAAACGUAACGAAUUGUCGGAAGUAUGUAUGAAAGCCAUGUGUACCUUUGUUGUAAAUUUGGAUCCACGGUACAGAGAUCAAAUGCGAGCCGAGACUAACGUGGAAGGUUACAAGCGGAUAGUAGAGUAUUGCGCAUUGCGGAAUAAAGUGGCUAUUAAAUGCCUCCAUAGUUUGUGCCAAGUGGCGGAGUGUCGUCCAGGCUUGGGGAAUUCGGGCGCCAUCGAGUGCGUCGUCGGUUUGAUAAAAGAAAACCCCCUUGGAUCUUGGGAAUUACUUGACAGCUUGUGUCUCUUCUGUCGAGAAGCCAUCAACCGUGCCAAAGUUCGAUUAAACGAAGGGAUAGAGACGAUGCUAUCCAUCCUGAAGAAUUAUGAUAAUAAGAAGUACCACUCGGCGCUGCUGUCGGCACUGGCACAGUUUCUGUACGACAACCAGAGCAUCUCGAUCAUGGUCAAGAAUGGCCUGCUCGAUGUACUUGUCUCGAACUUGAAAACAAUGGCGGUGGAGGUGGCAGCGAAUACCAAAGCUGAAUUGGGCACUAAGAAACGCUCUAAUGAUUCUUUGUCCUGUGGGAACGCUAAUUCUAAGUACAGUAGGUCGAACAGUGGAAGGUUUAGUUUAGAUUAUCAUCCGGAUUAUUGGUUGCCUAGCAGUCCACCGUUAUCCUCCGAUGGUACUACCAAAACCGAUGAAAGUACUAAAGGUAAAUACAGCCCUGUUUGCACCGACACCGAUUGGAUCGCCAACGAGGAAGAUUCACAAGAAGUUGCGUCAUUGGAGAGCAUGACGUCGGUUACAGCCGAGGUGAAAGAAGACGAAGAUGAACCCUCUGAGAGAGUAUCCAGAUCCGGGGUUAAUGAAUACGUCAACGGGUUAAGUUUGGCGCUGCUGUGCCGACUUACUUAUUCGGACGAACCAAUCGAGCAGUUUGCCAAACCUGCGACGAUCGCACCUUUAACGGCAUAUAUUAAAUCUACCAAAAACCCAAUGGCAGUCAGAAUACUCGGUGGAAUCGUCAGGAAUCAGGCAUACUUGGUAUCUCUGAUAACGCAGGGUUUCGUCUUCGACGCCGAGACGCUCCACGGAUCGGAGCAGUACAUAUUCGAGAUGUGCAAACUGGCCGAGACGGGAGGAGCAGUGGGGGAGCUGGCAACGCUCCUGAUCCGAGGGCAAGAAUCCCAAAAAUUCGUGACCGCCAUCUCCAUACCAUUCCUCAUAAAGUCGAGAGACAUUCUGCGGACCUUGUUGGGUACCCACGGGGGAUUAGCGUUAAUUUUCCGGGUGCUGAACGACCGGAAGCACCCCCUCUACGAGAAGGCGAUCUGGUCGAUCAACCGGCUGGCCCACACGCUGGACAUCAAGCCGGAAAGCGUCGGCAAGUGCCAGAUGAUGGAGGAGACCGGGAACAUGGCCGAUCGCGGUACCAAUUUCCCGGGAGACCUGCCGAUCCCAUCUACGGUGACGUUCGUGCUGGACGACGGGACAACGGUGGACGCCUGCAGGAAGAUCCUCUGUCAGACAUCCGAGCCCUUCUUCGCGAUGCUCGAGGGGAACUUCUUCGAGUCGGGGAAGCCCAGGAUAAGACUGAAGAACGCGUCGAGGGAAGGUCUACACACGCUCCUCCUGGCGGCAAAUGGCUCCAACUUCCAUCAUUGCGCUAUCGAGAGCCUCCUCGACGCGGUGCUGAUCGCCGACCAGUAUCUCAUGAACGAGGUCCUCGAGACCCUGACCGAGAUCUCGAUCUCCAGCCUGAACCACGAGAACUACUCGCGCGCCUGGAACUGGGCCAGGAACAACUCCUGCCCCGAGUUCCGCAGCUGCUGCAUAAAGAACUUCCUCACCGCCAAGAUGACCGACGACGAGCGGGUACAGGCCUUCUGCAACUUCACCUACACCGAGACCUUCGACGAGUUCCUGGAGGACCUUCGGAAAAUGAUCAACGGGGCACUGUGCCAGCGCUAAGUGGGCCGCAAUCUUGUCUAGCUUUUCACGGGGACUCCCGCCGAGGAAGACGCUUCCGUCAGACUGUGAACCGGGCUCGGGGAAGCUUGAAAAGGAGUUUCGCUUGCGAGAUCUUGGAACUUUGCUGGGUCACGGGAUCGGUGGUCGCUAAACGUGGGACGAUGAAUCCAGGCGGACCGAUCUGUACGGAUGUAGUACUCGUGGACAUUGUAGAACCAUGGACGUAGGAUAGGUGGACCCACCAGGUCGCUCCCUUGAUGUUCUUGUGACUGGAGCGAGAAUAAAAGAGGGCGAACUUGGGAUUAUACUUUCUCUCUUUAUACAAGUGGAGAGGACAUUGCUACAGGAGCUGCGUGACGUAGUGCAAAGGCUUGCGAACAUUUUCCCCAGGGCGAGCCGCGGCGCAUCGCAUUAAAACAUAACAUUCGCGUUUCUGUUGUCGGUUGACUCUCUUUGCGUCCGUAUGUACAGGGAAAAUCCCUCCCUUAUAUUCUCUCCUACGUUUCUAUGCGUUAAAUAGCUAGUCUGGUAAUGCGACGAGUCGAAUAUUACAACUCGAUAAACUCGAGUCACUUUUAUUCUAACUUGACUGAUUGGGACUAACGAAUGCAAGUUGCGGGCGUGAUGAGACCAUGUUAAGGCGUGUACGCAUCAAUAAGCGACGUGUACAAGGCAAUGCGAGGCAGAACGAGCAUACAAAUGUGGAGGAACAAUCAGGCGCGGCAAAUUGUCUCAGAUUUGUCCGGCAUGUCAUCCGAGACAAGGAAAAUGACAUUUACAAGUUAAAAACAUCACGUUCUGUAUAUCAUCCGUGGAUUAUCGUAUCGCUUUGCUUACCUUAAUUGCAAAAUUAGAAGCAUUUUAUGUAAUUUACGUCAGUUGGAACUGAUUUGGUCAUGUAGGAUCGAAGUUCCCCGAUUGUCCGCAAGUGGCGCUCGCGUCGUUAGAUCAGCGAAAAUCUGAGAUUCUGGGUCCCGAUUCUUUGGAACGACUUCUGUGGAAUCGACCAUAGGCGUUAUCUCUUCUUAUACUAUUUCAUGAGGUUUGUUCGCGUUGACUGCACUUUCUACCCUCGAGGGUAACGAGAGUGCUACACUUUUCUUGAAAAGUGCAGAAGGGUAGAUACACUUUCAUCGACGUCCCGAACACCAGCAACCUCACGAAAGUCCAAGAUGAACGAUUUAGUAAAGAGGUACGCGAUUUUGAGGCUAUCCGUAUCGGACGAUGACGAAUACGAAAACGUAAUGCUUCUUCUAGCCUUCCUUCUUGAGCUGCCUUCGUUUUCUUCAAAUGCUACAAUUCGUUCUAUUACAUUGUAAUUGUAGAAGAUGAAAAUUCCUUUCACGAAUUUC